GACUGUAUUUAUCAAAACACAUAAUAAAUGUAAGAAAUUAGAGGAAGCCUGACUCCUAAAGACAUUCCUUACAACUCCACAGGCAAUGUUGCAACACCUACAUCAUGGGGAUUUCAUGUGCUGUUUCCAGAUGUGCCUGGUAACCUGGCUAAACAUGGAGAAAUUAUUUUGUGAUAUCCCUAAAAUGACUGCUACUCCUUCAGCCAUGGAAGGAAUUUUUUCCGACAGAUGAAAACGGAAAAGCACUAUUUCACACAGUGGAUUUCUGUCACAUGUGGGAGGCCUUGGAGAAGUGUAAGGACGCAGGACUGACCAAGUCCAUCGGCGUGUCCAACUUUAACCACCAACAGCUGGAGAAGAUCCUGAACAAGCCAGGGCUCAAGUACAAGCCCGUCUGCAACCAGGUGAGCAAUCUCAGUCUCCUCCCCUCCCUGUUCUGCAUGACCUUCUUCUCGAACUACAGCCAGACGUCUGUUUGUCCUCCCCACCCCUUCAUCCCACCUUUGUGGGACGUGGGAUUCUGGGGAGCAGAGUCUCGGUCUAGAAGGGUGUGAGCAGAACCCACGCUGGGAUCUCUGCUGGAUAAAGUCUUGGUGGAAAAGCUGGGGAGGCUUCCAGGUGCUGAACU